AUGAACCAGAGCUGUAAAACUGUACUACUUUAGGAAUGCAGCAGCAAGAGUUUGCUGUGGGUCACUCCCUCCAUCUCCUAGAAAUCUACAACUUCCAUUUAAGACUAAGCAUCUUCCUCCUCUUCGCAGCCUGUGUGCGGCACUCGUGAGCCAGCCAAACCUGUUCGGACCCGCUGGAUUUCUUUUUUGACUUUUUAAUUUUUGUUUUAAUGUUAUAAUAUCAUCAUUAUCAUCAUCGUUGUCAUCAUCAUCUUGCCCACUUCACCGUUUCAUUCUCUGAAUUGGCAGUUGCGGUGUGCCUGAGUGAAGAUGUACCUGGAGAAUAAGAGUAAUAUUGAGGUGGAGAUGUCUCAAAGCCAGGGUCACUCCAGCAGGGUAGGCUGCAGAAAGUCUGACACUGUGGCUGGGAACUUUGAUGAGCUUCGUCUGCUGGAGGGAUUCUCUGGGAAGAGAGAGACACAGAAAUUACUGCAGGCUGCAGCCGUGCCCUCGGGACACUGCAUAAUCUACACUGACGUCCAUCAAGAUGAUAGGCACAGCUUCAGCAUGGUAAACCUCCUCAAAGGCAAAUCCAACCAAGCCAACCACACAGAACGGUCACCCCUUCUCAAGUUCCCCCAAAAUGACAGUAUAACCUACAUGACACUGCAUGAGCCCAGCCUGGGGUCUGGAGAGGAAUCAUGGGAGGCCAGCUCUGCUGAAUUGGAGAGGAGGUGCAGGCUGGGCAGUGAGGUGACCAGUCUCUCCCACAUCACAUCUAUGGAGAAAUGUGAACAUUACUUCAAACUGUCAUCCCCCAUCAGGCAUUGCUUAAGGACAACAAAAGUCAUCACCAUCUUCAUCAUUGUUGUUCUGUGUUCACUGUUUUUCAGCAUGUAUCCUGACAGGGAAAGCCCCUGGAGGAUGCUGGCGGUCUCAUCCACCGAGAGCUUCUCUAUGAAUCUUACUGAUUUUCGUGACAACUCCCUACUGAAGCUGCAGGUUGGUGGGCCGUUUUUGGGGGGGAUGGAGGCGGUACAAGAGGCCCAGGAGUAUAUUCUGAUCCAGGUGGAGCAGACUGAAGAGGCGGGGUCUCGCCGGAGAAGAACUCAGCAGCUGCUUUAUAACUGGACUAUACCAUUGCAUUCCCAACGAAGUGACCAAAUUCUGAGAACAAGGACAUUUGAAAUGGUUAGCAGCGCUCCUAUUCUGAUCAGCGUGCAGGCCUUUCUGUUAGACAGUCAGGUGGUUCCUCUGUCCAUGACUCACCAGUCACUCUAUGUAACCGUGGAAACACAGGUGCUUAUUGCCGGAUUGAUCCUGGCAGGAGUCUAUGUGCUCAUCAUCUUUGAGAUUGUUCACCGCACUCUGGCUGCAAUGUUAGGAUCCCUGGCUGCUCUGGCAGCACUGGCUUUCAUUGGAGAUAGGCCGAGUCUGAUGACUGUUGUAGAAUGGAUUGACUAUGAAACUCUUGCAUUGCUGUUUGGAAUGAUGAUUCUGGUGGCAAUAUUCUCUGAGACCGGUUUCUUUGAUUACUGUGCAGUGAAGGCGUAUCAGUUAUCGCGAGGAAGAGUGUGGCCCAUGAUUAUGAUUCUGUGCCUAAUUGCGGCCGUUCUGUCAGCCUUUCUUGAUAAUGUAACAACCAUGAUGCUCUUCACCCCUGUUACAAUCAGGUUAUGUGAAGUGCUCAAUCUGGACCCCAGGCAUGUCCUGAUUGCCGAGGUCAUCUUCACCAACAUCGGAGGAGCUGCCACUGCUGUUGGAGAUCCACCCAAUGUCAUCAUUGUAUCCAACCAGGAUCUGCGUAAAAAAGGGAUUGACUUUGCGGCCUUUACGGGUUACAUGUUCCUGGGAAUCUGUCUGGUGCUGCUGACCUCAUUUCCUUUUUUGAGAAUGCUGUACUGGAAUAAGAAACUUUACAACAAAGAAUCCAGCGAAAUCGUGGAACUGAAGCAUGAGAUUCUGGUGUGGAGGCAGACAGCCCAUCGCAUUAACCCUGCCAGCCGAGAGGAGACUGCCGUCAAGUGUCUUCUCAUGCAGAAGGUGCUCAAUCUGGAAAGCCUCCUGCGCAAGAAGCUCAAGACCUUCCAGAGGCAAAUAUCACAGGAAGACAAAAACUGGGAACACAAUAUUCAAGAGCUGCAGAAAAAGCACAGAAUAACUGACAAAAUCCUCCUGGUCAAGUGUCUGACUGUCCUUGGGGUGGUCAUCUUUAUGUUCUUCCUGAACUCCUUUGUCCCUGCCAUACAUCUGGAUCUGGGUUGGAUUGCUAUUCUGGGGGCUCUGUGGUUAUUGGUGCUGGCUGACAUUCAGGACUUCGAGAUCAUACUUCACAGAGUGGAAUGGGCCACCCUGUUGUUCUUCGCUGCUCUGUUUGUGCUUAUGGAGGCCCUAGCACAGCUGCAGCUCAUCGACUACAUCGGGGAGCAGACAGCAGUGUUGAUAAAAGCAGUGCCAGAGGACGAGCGGUUGGCCAUCGCCAUCAUUUUGGUCAUGUGGGUCUCAGCACUGGCCUCCUCUCUUAUAGACAACAUUCCCUUCACUGCCACUAUGAUUCCUGUGCUUAUAAACCUCAGUCAAGAUGCAGAUGUCAACCUUCCAGUCAAGCCUCUCAUUUUUGCAUUGGCUAUGGGAGCUUGCCUUGGAGGAAAUGGAACACUGAUUGGAGCAUCUGCAAAUGUGGUGUGUGCUGGGAUUGCUGAACAGCAUGGCUAUGGAUUUUCCUUCAUGGAGUUCUUCAGGUUGGGCUUCCCUAUGAUGCUGAUGACCUGCACAAUAGGCAUGUGCUACCUGCUCGCAACUCACAUCGGACUUGGCUGGAACACAUAAACAUUCCCUCUAUACGGGGAAGCAAAAAGACUUUGGGUGUGUCUGCAGUUUACGUUUGUGUGUGUUUGUGUUUUGAAUGACACACAUGUUCUUCUUGGAAGGAUCCAUGAAGACUUAAACUUUGUAGACCUGGUUCAUCCUGAGGGACUUAGCUUUACAUGCAGGAGAGGUAUAGAGAAGAUAAACCAUGGGAACAUCUGAUCAUCUGCUGUAUUCCUACAGGUGUAUCACACUGCUAUGGUGCUACUGCUGCUUUGUGAUAAUGCUACAAGAGAGAGAUUUUUUGGAAAACCUGUUUAUAUUUGCCAAAAAUGAAGAAAAUCAGAAGAUUUUGUUUUUUAAUAAAAAAUGCGGAUCUGCUUAUUUUAUUCAUU